CUUUGCAGCAGGUUCUUUUCAAUAUGGCCGCUGGAGACACUGCUUUGUGGCUUCAUAAUAAAUUAGGCUCCACGGAUGAUUUGUGGUCUGGGCGAACAAUAUGUUCCCAGCUUUCGCAGGAACGUUUGCAAAGUAUCCAAGAAUGUUUUCACACACUCCAGCCGCAUGUCAAGGUGAAGCUUUUGCUGGCAUUCCUUCAUAUGCCCAGACGUAAUACCGAACAGUGGAAGGCCGAUCUAGAAGAAAUUUUGACCAUGGCUGAAAAUGAUUCUGAUCCCUGGGUUACCAUGGUUGCAGAAAUGUUACGUAUGUAUCCGUCGACUGGAACCGUAAAUCUUGAUUUAGAUGAAGUGAGCGGAACUUUCUCUGAUGUCAUCACAGAUCUUAAAAAAAUGAUGAAGAAAUCUCUAGAGACGAGGAUGUUACCACUAGAAUGUCAGUUUGUAAACAGAUCAGCGUUAAAUUCUAUUGCUGGUCACUCUGCUCAACCAAUCAAACAUUUUACACUUAAAAGAAAACCAAAGUCAGCAACCUUAAAACGAGAACUUCUUCAAAAAUCCAAUGAAGUGUCUAAUAAUAGAAAGAAUAACAUGCCAAAUAGUGUCCCAAUUAAAAUCAGAAGUUUUGUGAAAAAAAUGGAUGAUUCCACUCCAUUGAAAGGAUUACCGAGUCGAACCCCUCUACCGUCUGGCUACAGAACACCAAGUUCUGGUUUAGCCCGGUUAAAUAGCUCACCGAUUGGUCACAUGCCAAUAGCACCCAGAUCAGGAUCCAGCAAGAAAGAAGGCGGAAUAAAGUUUUUGGAUAUUGGUGAGCAGCCUAUCGGUUCAAAAGAAGCUAAAAGACGAAAGAAACAAGCAGACGUGGAAGCCAUGGAACAACAACGUAAGGAGAAGGAGGCGUCUAUUGCUGCAGGAACAUCUGUUGCCACGACAACUACAGCACCUUACACACCAGAUUACGCCGCUGGUCUGAUGACGCCAGCUACACCAAAAUUAGCCACGGUUGUUGUAAGCACGACAUCUAUACCAUUGUCUGCCUCAACGCCGGCGUACGUUCCCUCGGCAACUAGUCGCAUACCAAAUGUACCAGUUACUGGAAUAACACUCUCUGGUAAUAUAGCUCCAUUAUCGUCAAAUGCUCAGGCUACAGCUAGACAAAAUCUUCAACAACAGUUACAGCAACAACUUGGCCAAUCACAGAUCAGAACACAAACAGUUGUCAUGGCACCACCAUCAACAACCAAUCUACAGCAACCUAUUAUUGUCCAACCACCAGCUCCUCCUGCUCCUGCCGCUCCACCAAUGGUGGCUCAACCUCAAGUAGCACAAGGAACACAAAUUAAAAAAGCCCUGUCAUUAACGCGUGAACAAAUGAUUGAAGCCCAGGAAAUGUUUAGAGAUUCUAAUAAAGUAUCAAGGCCCGAGAAAGCUUUAAUAUUAGGUUUUAUGGCUGGUUCUAGAGAAAAUCCCUGCCCUCAACAAGGAAGUGUUUUGAGUAUAAAAUUAAGUGAAGAUGACGAACUUGUUCAGCAGACGGAUGGGAAUAAAAAGAUUAUGAUAGCAGACACAUAUUUCCAGAUGAACUAUUUAACGGGUGAAUGGAAACGGUUUAAGAAAUAUCGUGAGAAAACUACGCCUGUUGUUAGCUGAUAGUUGAUAUAUCGUGUUGUUUAUUUGUAUAUAGAAUCUGUAUAGUGUACAUAUACAUUAUUGUUAUAAAUACACAGGGACUUGUAGAGCAACUACCAAAAAUACACAGGGGCUUGUAGGGCAACUACCAAAUAAACAGGGGCUUGUAGGUCAACUACAGUUCAUUAAAUGCAGGGGAUUGAAGGUCAACUACAAUUUAUUAAACGCAGGGGCUUGUAGGGCAACUACAAUUUAUUAAACGCAGGGGCUUGUAGGUCAACUACAAUUUAUUAAACGCAGGUGCUUGUAGGUCAACAUUAAUUCAUUUAACAUAGGGGCUUGUAGGUCAACUACAAUUUAUAUAAUAAACAGGGGCUUGUAGGUCAACUACAGUUCAUUAAACGCAGGGGUUUGAAGGUCAACUACAAUUUAUUAAACGCAGAGGCUUGUAGGUCAACAUUAAUUCAUUAAACGCAGGGGCUUGUAGGGCAACUACAAUUUAUAUAAUAAACAGGGGCUUGUAGGUCAAAUACAGUUCAUUAAACGCAGGGGUUUGAAGGUCAACUACAAUUUAUUAAACGCAGGGGCUUGUAGGUCAACAUUAAUUCAUUAAACGCAGGGGCUUGUAGGGCAACUACAAUUUAUAUAAUAAACAGGGGCUUGCAGGUCAAAUUCCGUUCAUUAAACGCAGUGGUUUGAAGGUCAACUACAAUUUAUUAAACGCAGGGGCUUGUAGGUCAACUACAAUUUAUUAAAGGCGGGGCUUGUAGGUCAACUACCAUUUAAUUAAUAAACAGGGGAUAGUAGGUCAAAUACAGUUCAUAUAAUAAACAGGGGCUUGUAGGUCAACUACAGUUCAUUAAAUGCAGGGGUUUGAAGGUCAACUACAAUUUAUUAAAUGCAGGGGCUUGCAGGUCAAUUACAAUUUAUUAAACGCAGGGGCUUGUCGGUCAACAACUAUGUAUAAAACACUGAUAAGGAAACGAGGUCCACUCUGUACAUAUUAGAAUUUACUAAAAUGGCCCAACAUGGCCAGUCAGAUUGUAUUAACCUAUGCCCAGCAUGGCCAGUCAGAGGUUUUAACAUAACCUAUGCCCAACAUGGCCAGUCAGAGGUUAAUAACCUAUGCCCAACAUGGCCAGUCAGAGGGUAAUACCCUAUGCCAAGCAUGGCCAGUCAGAGGGUGAUAAUAAAAACCCAACAUGGCUGCCUGGAUGGUGAGAAUCGGAUUCAGACCAGUUAUUUGAUAAUCUCACUUACAUGUACUUAGUCACAGCAUAAUUUUAUUUUUUAAAGAGAUUUUCCAUGUCACAAGCAUUUGUUUUUAACUGUUUAAAACUUUGAUCUUAUUAUUUGUAAACAAAUUCAAGUCACUGUUUUUAAUUUCAUAUUAUUAAUCAGAUGUGUUAUUUGCCCUGCAUUCAAUCUAACAUUGAACCCUGAAAACCUCCUUUGAAUUAGCAUAUAUGGAACUUUAUUAAAACUCAAUUGAAACUCGCAUACGGGGGGGGGGGGGGGGUGUUGGAUGGUCGAAUGGUUAGCAUAAGACCUGUCAUUGAGUCAACUGGCGUGGCUUCGAAUCUACGGUUGUACGUGACAAGGAGUAGGGUCACCUGUCCAACCUCGUGGGUUUUCUCCGGGUCCUCCGGUUUCCUCCCACUGCUAAACAUCCCUACGCACAAGCGAAUUAUUGAAAUAAAAUUAAACCAUAUGUUAGUCCCGAAAUGACCUAGUUUGUGUUGAGUGGAUGUUAAACCUCAUUUCUCUCUCUUUGUCUCUCUGAAACUUGCAUACAAGAAUUCAGAAAUGAUAAAGAUAUUUUAAUUUAAAUCAAUAUGAUUAAAAUACAGAUCUAUAUUUCGUUUUGUUUUUUUAUACUUUAGAUGGCCUACACUACAUGAAGAUCUGACCGGUUGUAGCAAUAGGUCGCGUCAUACGAGAGGCUUUUGACCUAUGACAUCAGACAUUUGAUUAACAAAUCGGCAUUGAUUUUACUAGUGGAUUACCCACAGUUCUGUGCAAAAAACGCCUAAAGCUGGCCGUAACAGACCGUUUCAUUGGCUAAUAGCUCACAUCAUUCAGAACACGAUAAUGAUAACAACUGUUCCAGAUCCUAGUGUAGUAAAGACAAGUAAAACGAAAUUUUGAACUAUAAAAAACGAAACGAAAUAAGAUAUGUGUUUUAAUCGGAUUGAAUUUAAAGUAAGUUUAAUGUAAUUCUUCAUGAAAAAAUCCCCUGUAUGUGUCUAGGUGUAUUUCUCAUUCAAUUAAGCGUUGCGACAUCAAAGCAGUGUUAAUAGUUGUACCAAGUCCCUGUGUAUAAUCUGUCACAUUUGUUAUUACUCUUCAAUAAAAAGACACAGCAUUGAGAAGUUCAUCUCUGAUCGUUAUUUUGAAUUUCUUGUAAACAACAAUAUUGCAAACUACGACAUUGUUAAAGUAGAAUCUCUAAAAGUAAUAUCAGUCUAAAAAUAGACUGGGGGGGGGGGAUGGCCGAAUGGUUAGCAUGUGGGCGUUGUAUUAUAAGGUCUGUCAUUGAGUCAACUGGCGUGGUUUUCGAUUCCCCACUUGUCCGUGACAUGAAGUAGAGUCACCUGUCCAACCUCAUGGAUUUUUUCCGAGAUCUCCGGUUACCUCCCACUGCUAAAGACCCCUACACGCAAGUAAAUUAUUGAAAUAAAAAAAAAAAACAUAAGUUAGUCCCGAAAUGACCUGGUUUGUGGCGUGUGGAUGUUAAACCCCAUUUUUCUCUCUAUUCACUAUUUACAAAGAUAUGGUGAACUAAAAAAUUCCCCAAAUUCAGGAUUCUCUGUAUACAAUAAACAAGUUUGACCUAAGUACAAGAGAUUCUACCCUUGAUAUUUUGUUUUGGUUUUCUUAAUCGAAUUUUGAAUAAUCAAUUUAAAUACAUUUAGUUUGAAUUAAGCCAUUGAUAUUUAGAUUGUGUUUACUUUUAAAGAUACAUUAUGGAAGAAUAAAUAAAGAGCUGGCAGUUCUCACUAUAAUAGUUAAAAACUAGAUAAUGAAAAGGGAAUUUGCUGAAAAUUUCAAUCAAAUUGAUACAUUCUGAACCGAAUUUUUAGCAUUGAAUUUUCGGCCUAGCCUGGGUAUUCAUUACUAAAGUCGGUAGGAUAAAAAACAUAGUCUCGGUGGUUAUCCAUUUCAUGAUUUAAUUAUGAAUGGAAGUCGAACAGCAAAUCGGAACCUAAUCCAAUAAACAUCGCAGUCUAGCGAUGCCAUCGAGAGUUGAUUAUGGUCUGGAUAAGUUAAUUAAUGUCAAAUUAAUAAUUUAGAUAAUAUUACAGGCCUAAAGAAAGACCUGCAUUAGGCAGAUUUAGCUCUUGCAUGUAUGUUUAAUUAAAUGAUAAAUGAGAUAUUGUUCGAAAUAUGUAAAUAGCAAUCGGCGGCUUUAAUGUAUGGUUUUAUGAAAAGUCCCCUAUAUUUUUUUAUUUCUACAUGUAGUCUUUGUCGUCACUGUAAAGUUGAUAUCAUUCACUUGUAAACACAUGACUAUUACUAAUGAAAAUAUCUGAUACAAACAGAUCGAAGUCUUCAUUUUAAAUGCAUAAUGGUUAGUUAUCAGACAGUGGUCAUGUAAAGACUGUGACUAUUGAAUGAUAUAUACAGCUAUUGGUUUGGUUUGUGUAUUCAAUAGUUGUAGAUAUUAGGAAUAGUCACACUUUUACAGGUGGAUUCAUACCUACUACCGUGUUAUAUCUAACCACUUUCUAUACAUAUUAAACAUAAACAUUAGUUUAGAGUAGUGGUUCUUAACCUUUAUUUGCCAACGGGACACCUUGGAACGCAUGAAAAACAAAAUGCGGCACACCCGCCUAAAUAUAUAUGAAAAAUAUUUGAAUUUUGCAAAAUAAAAACGUGGCAGGUCAUAGACGGCAUGCAUCCGUAGACACGGACUAGUCAUACACACAUAGAAUGACUCAAACUAAAUAAAAAAAAAACACAACUAUAAACUUAUCAGUAGACACCAGUGAAAGUCAAUUGGGAUCACGUGAUAUUUCGCAUUGUCUUAGUGUGCCGUUCAAAACUUCGCGGCACACCUAGGAAGAUCUCGCGGCACACUGGCUAAGAAUCACUGAUUUAAAGUAAUGAGAACUUGGGUGAUUUAAUGUAAAAUAUGUCCUAACUAAAAUACCUGUCUCCGUAAGUAACGGUACCAGUUUCACAGUGCGUGUUAUUAUUUGUAUGACGUCAAGCUGAUGAUGUAUGAUGUGUUAUUACUUUUAUGUCGUCAAGCUGAUGUAUGCCGUGUUAUUACCUGUAUGACGUCAAGCUGAUGUAUGACGUCCUAUUAUUUGUAUGACGCCAAGCUGAUGUGUUAUUUUCUGUAUGACGUCAAUCUGAUGUAUGACGUGUUAUUAUCUGUAUGACGUCAAGCUGAUGUAUGACGGGUUAUUACCUGUAUGACGUCAAGCCGAUGUAUGACGUGUUAAUAGUUGUAUGACGUCAAACUGAUGUAUGACGUGUUAUCUGUAUGACGUCAAACUGAUGUAUGACGUGUUAUUACUUGUAUGAAAUCAAACUGAUGUACAUUGAUAUUGUCUGUUGAUUGUCAUAAAAACGAAGGAUUUUAAAAUAAUGUUUUCAUUAAUCUUUGAUUAUAAACAAACGUUUUAGGAAUGGACUUCUUUUUGUCUGAAAAUGAUCAGACCUUUUUGAUUUAGUUAAAGAUAACACAUCCGCCUUGGUUAUUUGACAAAUACGGUAUCAGUUAUUCAGGCUAUAUCUAUUUCAAUUUGGUACAUAAUUGUUUAAAUUCGGUAUGCCACCCUCACCCCCUGGAGCCGACUCUGUGGUUGUCAAGACAUUAAACGUCAUUCGUUCUCCCAGCAAGGCCAUGUUCAGUAUUCAGAUGGUUUCAUUUCUUGCUGAUAAAUGACUUGGGAAUCUUCUUGUACUGGUUUCCAUGGUUAUUGAAUAACUAUGAAUAUAUUGUGUUGAUCAGAGCCGAGAUCAAAUUUAUACAAGCUUAGUAUCUGGUCAACUACAGCAAUGGUCGCCAUUUUUACAUAUUACACAAUUAUACAGAAUAUAAGUUAUUUAAAAGAUUUAUUUUUGGCGACCACUUAAGUAGUUGGUGAGACGCUGUCUAUAUAUGACUCUAGGUUCAUCUAAUGGUAUUAAAUUUAAAGAAUUGAAUUGUUUUAGUGAGAGGAUUAGUGGAAUAUGUCAAUCAGAAAAUAAUGAUUUGUAAGAUUGUAGCUUGUCAUAAUAUAAUAUGUUUAAACUACAUGCACAGACAGAACCUGGUCUGGGCCUUGUUUCUCGAAAUCUUAAAGAUAAAAUCCAAAUUUUAGCAGAUACUCCAAUUUUGAUUGGCUAAGCACUAAAAUCAAUCUAAUAUUAUUAUCCAACCAGAUUACUAAAAUUUGGAUUUUAUCUUAGUUAACGUUUCGUGAAACAGGCCCUUGUUUAUAUAAAUAAUAAUACCACUACUUUAAAAGAUUUAUUAUAAAGUUUUAAUUCAUGUCUUAAUGUACUACUUAAAGAUGAAUUAUGUAAGAUUUAGAUAAAGACUUAGUCGUUCUUGCUAUCGAAGUGUGGAUUAUCCGUUUUUUGACGUUAAUCAAUUAAAUAAUGUUGAUUUUCUAAUCCAAUUAAUAUCCCAGUCAACCGAUGGUAGACUUUAAACUCUAUAUCUUUCUAUAAUUUGCCUGUUAACACAAGGUACAAUUUUAUGGAUAAACUGAGUUUAAUACUAAGCGACAUUUCCACGAGGAUACUCUCAUCUUUAUCAAAGCAAAUGAUAAACUCAAUAGUUUUGUAUCCAUAAAAUUGUACCUUGUGUUAAUAUGUUCAAUUACUAAAUGCCAGUCAAAAAAAUUUGCCUGUUGUUACUAGAGAUUAUAACAUGGUCAUGAACAUCCUUGGUAUGCCCAGUGGUGUUGUUCCAUAAACAUCUUUGGUAUGCCCAUUUGUGUUGUUCCAUAAACAUCCCCGGUAUGCCCAGUGGUGUUGUUCCGUUCAACUCCACUAACUCACUUAUUAAGUGCGGAUAAUUUAACUAUGUAUCUGUCCCGUGAAUGGACCGAGAGGCUACCGAGGAUGGGAUUUGAACCGCGGUUUUAUUAUUGCACACAGUGGAAAUUAAGAACCCGACCAAUAAUAAAGACGUUUCCAUGUAGUCAGUUAGAAAUUUGCAAUUGUUAUCAUAGUCACUUUAAGUUCUUCUUUUGUUAAUAAAUGAUCACUUAUUA